AUGGCAGAUCCGGUCAUCAUACCUCAGCUGCGAGUGCUCCAACGGCAAUACUUCCAGCUAGUGGAACCCCAUCAAUUACGAUGGCCAGACAACUUCACUCUGAAGAAGCCUGCUGUACAGACUUGGCUGUUCAGCGAGAUGUUCGAUACAGAGCGAAUCAAGUCACCGCCGCCGGAUCGUUACCAGCUUAGAGUGCUCAAAUUGCUCAUAUCAAAGCUUGAGGGUGCCAUACACGACCCCGAAGAGGAUGAAAUCUCAGAUGAUCUCAUGUCUGCUAUGUCAUCUCUCCUCUUCUCCAGCGUGCCAUCGGAAGCCGACGCCGCCCAACAAAAGGCAUUCGUGACGUAUGCUUUUCCCCACCCAUCGAACGAUGGAAGCACGUCGGAUGACCGGACAGUUACGCUACUUGAAGCCAGGUCUGUCAUAUCGUCGUCGGGUACUACCGGCUUGAGGACAUGGGAAGCCGCACUCUUACUUGGAUCGUACCUCGCAUCUGCAGAUGGCCAAGCGUCGAUCCGGGGUAAAAGAGUGUUCGAGCUUGGCGCAGGUACUGGCAUGCUGUCCAUACUAUGUGCGAAGCACCUUGACAUCUCUGGUAUCGUAGCAACAGACGGCGAUGAGGCUGUUGUUGAUACUAUUAAGACGAACUCUUUUCUCAAUGGACUCGACGAUGACGACUCCUGUCGGUGCACGUUGACAACAGCGGCAUUGAAGUGGGGUCGGCCCUUGGACAAGACAACAUUUCAAGAAGACUAUGGCAUGGAGAUUCCCGAUAUACUUCUUGGGGCAGACGUUACGUACGAUAAGAUCGUCAUACCACGCCUAGUUGCGACACUGAGGCAAUUUUUCGAUCUGAACGCAGCGCUCCAGGUGCUGAUAUCUGCGACUAUACGCAACGAGCAAACGUUCGAGACUUUCUUGAACGCGUGUAGUGGGUCACCCUUUGGUCUUGAAACUGCGGUAUUACGGCAUGGCUGA